AUGGCGGCGUUUACCGAGCAAUCGAGCGAGAAACUCGAACAAAUAAUUGACCCUGAGAUUUGUGCUAAAUUUGGUGUUGAGUCAUUGCGAGAUAAACAAGAGGAAGUGUUGCAACAUUUGAUGUCAAAGAGCGAUGUUCUAGCCAUUUUGCCGACUGGUUUUGGAAAGUCAUUAAUCUAUCAAAUAUUUCCCCAUGUAUUGGAAACACCAAGCUGUGUUUUGAUAGUGUCGCCUCUUGUCUCAUUAAUGAAAGACCAAAUAGACAGAUUGACUUUGUUGGGAUUUAGUGCAAAAAUGGCCAGAGAUAUCCAGAUUGAUAGAAAGUUACCAACCUACAUAUAUGGUACCCCAGAGGACUAUCUCCAAGGAACAAAGCACACCUUCAUAGACAUGCUACAUCAACAUCAUGGUGAUAAGAUUGUAUUAUUGGUAGUUGAUGAAGUUCACACUAUUCCAAAGUGGGGUGAAAUAUCUGAUGCAAAUAACAAAAGCAGACGAAAGGCACAAGAAGGGGCAUUCCGAGCAUAUUUCUCGCAUGUUGGGGAACUGAGAUCGUUUUUUCCUGGCGUUGUUGUUUUGGCAUUAACAGCAACAGCAUCAAAAGGUCUGCAAAAUCAGAUUAAAGAAAGUUUAAUUAUUCCAGACUGCAAAGUUGUAAAUGUUUGCCCAAACAGAGAUAACAUCAGACUAUCUGUUUUGAAGAUUCAACGAGAUAUCCCAUCAACAUUUUAUUGGAUGGUCGACAAGCUACGAGAAGAUCAACAUGAAUUCCCCAGGACAAUAGUAUACUGUUCAUCUAUUGAUGCAACAGGAACGCUUUAUCAUUUUUUUAAGGAGGAAUACCCUCAAUCAGUUGAUUAUAUAGGCAUGUACCACAGCGAGACUGAUAAUACAGUCCAGGAAUCGCACCUAAAAGAGUUUACUAAAUUAUCUACUUCUAAUUUGAGAUUAAUUUUUUGUACAACAGCUCUUGGUAUGGGCAUUGACAUGAAAUCAACUUACCAUGUACUUCACUAUGGGCCAUCAUUUUAUCUUGAGAGCUAUAUACAAGAAUCUGGCAGAGUUGGAAGAGAUGGUAAACCAUCUCAUGCCGUGUUAUUUUAUCACGGUGGAAUGUUACGUGACAUUUGUCCAAAACUAAAAAGUUAUGUAAAAAAUGAUACUCUCUGUAGGAGAGUUAAAUUAUUUGAAGAUUUUGCGUCCAGUAAAGACUUAAGUGUUUUAAAAAACAAGGAAUCGCAUCACAACUGCUGUGAUAUAUGUGAAAGAAACUGCUCGUGUAGUAAUUGCGACUCUCAUGCUAACUAUAUAGAAAAAUACAUGGUCCAUUACUGUGCCGAUACAGAAAGUGAUGAGUCAUCAGAUGACACAGGCAGUUUAGAAUCUGAUUCUGUAUUGGCAGAUUCAUCACAGUCUUCAUGUUCUCAUGAAAGUUUGGAAGCAGACCAAACUGAAUAA